CUCCGUGGAUUCGGCCUUUCCUGUGCUAUCGCUUUUGGAGGCGAGCUGAGGGUUCGGGCGUAGGGCUGGUCUGGGAUUGCGAAUCUUGCUUUGUACAAACAAAAGGUGUUUCGCCUUGAGAAAAGCGGGACUCUACAGAGUAGUCUUACUAAUCUGAAGAUGGCAACUCUUAUCUUUGUUGAUCAGGAGAAUGGUGAACUUCGUGCCCCCAAGAGUCAGCUGAAGUUCCCUUCAGGAUCUUGUGCGUAUUUGCUGCCCCGAGCCACAAAAGUCUUAGCUGAAAGAACACAAGUUAACACUCCACUUCCUAAAAAAAGUAUUAGUACUUCUCCAGUCAUGUCUCGCUCUGUCAGAAAGGCUCUUGGAAAUGUGAAUAAAACUGAGGGAGCCAUGAACAAGAUGGAGAAGAUGAAACAGAAAAAUCAGCCUUGCACUAUGAACAAAACUGACAAAAAGACUGGAUUAGAAAGCUGCCAUACAGUGGCUGAAGAGGAUUGGCCAGAAAUAGAAAAUAUGUUUCCUUUGGAUCCUCAAGACUUCGAGAGUUUUGAUCUUCCUGAAGAACACAAACUAAGCAAUAUCAAUCUGUGUGGUGUUCCCCUCAUGGUGUUUGAAAGGACAUAUGACAGAUGUGUGGAAAUGGUUCCUUCACCUGUGAAGAUUGAAGAUUGUGAAAAUUCAUGGGAAUACAACUUGCUACAAUCUACUGCUGACUUCCUUGCUACUCUGGAUGAGAUAAUUGACAUGCCACCUCCAAAUUACGAUGUUUAAUGUGUGUUCUGAAGUUUCUUUUGAGGUCAAAUUUCAUAGAGGUCUAUAUUUCAAUAAAGGCUAGUUUAACCUAUA